CCCUUCGGCUCUCACGUACAACUCUUUAGGAACGUAGGAACUAAACCCUUCAAGCCAAUCCCGCCUGUCACCCGCUUAACUUUCAGCCAAGUCAAUUAUUGACAUCUCCCAUCAGUGAAGAGACUUUUCUUCCCUUGCUAGCCUCAGUGCCACUUUAAAGCCGUUAGCUGCGCAUCAUGGCUGCUCAGUGUGUCACCAAGGUGGAGCUCAGUGUUUCCUGCGAUCAUCUGAUGGACAAAGACAUCAGCUCCAAGUCUGACCCCCUGUGUGUCCUGAUGAUGUGCGGCGAAGACUCCCGGUGGUACGAGGUGGGACGCUCUGAACAAGUGCAGAACUGCCUCAGCCCCAGGUUUUCCAAAAAGUUUGUCAUCGAUUACUUCUUUGAAGUAGUUCAGAAACUGAAGUUUGGAAUUUAUGACAUUGACAACAAGACAAUUGACCUGAGUGAUGAUGACUUCCUGGGACAACUGGAGUGUAAUCUGGGCCAGGUUGUAUCCAGCAAGAAACUGACACGACCACUCGUCCUGAAGAACAAUAAACCAGCUGGCAAGGGGACCAUUACAAUUUGUGCAGAGGAAAUAAAGGACAACAGGAUGGUGAACUUUGAGGUAGAGGCGAGGAAGCUGGAUAAUAAGGAUUUGUUUGGAAAGUCUGACCCCUAUUUGGAGUUUUACCGUCAGACAGACAGUACAUGGCAACUGGCUCACAGGACAGAGGUGGUGAAGAAUAACUUGAAUCCAACGUGGAGGCCCUUCCGAAUCCCUCUGCAGUCUCUGUGUGGAGGAGACCUGGACAAACCUAUAAAAGUUGAGUGCUAUGACUACGAUAGUGAUGGAUCACAUGACUUAAUUGGAACUUUUGAAACCACAAUGAAACGUCUCCAGGAGGCUUCUCGGACCUCCCCGGCUGAGUUUGAAUGCAUCAACAGUAAAAAAAAGCAGAAGAAGAAAGGCUACAAAAACUCUGGGAUUGUGAGCGUGAAGGUGUGCCAGGUGGUGAAGGAGUACACAUUCCUGGAUUACGUAAUGGGGGGCUGCCAAAUCAACUUUACUGUUGCCGUGGACUUUACCGGCUCUAACGGUGAUCCCAGAUCUCCCCAGUCUCUGCAUUACAUCAGUCCUCAGGGUGUGAAUGAAUACCUGUCUGCCAUCUGGUUUGUGGGAAAUGUCAUCCAGGACUACGACAGUGAUAAGAUGUUUCCAGCAUUUGGCUUUGGAGCUCAGAUUCCCCCUUCCUGGCAGGUUUCCCACGAGUUCCCCCUAAAUUUCAACCCAUCAAAUCCAUUUUGUGCAGGCAUUGCAGGCGUGGUGGAGGCCUACAGGAUGUGCCUGCCUACUAUCAAACUUUAUGGUCCCACCAACUUCUCACCGAUCAUCAACCAUGUAGCAGGUUUGGCUUGUCAGGCCAUGCAGCAGACGGCCACAUUGCAAUACUUUGUCCUGCUGAUCAUCACCGACGGAGUCAUCACAGACAUGGACGACACUCGCAGAGCCAUCGUCAACGCCUCCCGGCUGCCCAUGUCCAUCAUCAUUGUCGGAGUGGGAGGAGCCGACUUCGGCGCCAUGGAGUUCCUGGAUGGAGACAACGGCCAACUGCGUUCACCUACAGGCGAGACGGCCAUGCGAGACAUCGUCCAGUUUGUGCCAUUCAGGCAGUUCACAAAUUCUCCUCCUGAGGCGCUGGCGAGGACCGUGCUGGCAGAAGUUCCCGCUCAGCUGGAGGGCUUCUUCAACACCAUGAAGCUGCACCCGCCCAGCUCCAAACCUGCACCCACCCCUACAGGGACCGUGUGACACCAGGAAGAGGAAACGUCUCCUCUGUUUUCACAUCAGCUUGGAAUCCACGCGCAGCACAUCUCCUUCGUAAGCACUCCUCUCUGCUGGCAUGUCUCACUUUCAAAGCAGAUCCAGACGAGGUAAAAUACUAAUUGCUGAUGUCUAGUGCUUCAAGAAAGAUAGCAUUCCAUUAUUGAAAAGGUUUUGCACGGAAAAUGGGACAUAAAACUUUUAUCUUUUAAAAUACUUUUUCCUUUCGAAAAUGUUUCCGCUCUAGUAGCUUCGCGAAAAAGAUCCAUAGCCAACUGUAUGUAUCUGUAACAUACAACUACGUAAGCAUGAACAUGUAUACAUAAAAUUAUGUAAGUGUGUUUGGAGCCUCCAUAACACGUGUGUGCUACCUUUGACAUUUGAAAAUCCAAAACUGACAAGUGACUUCAUGUUGUUUACAUGAAGUUCCAUGUUUGUUUUUGGUGCCCGGGCUUUAUUUUUAAAUGACAUACUAUUGCAUGUUUCUUUAUGUUAUUACAUAGAAUGUAUUAUAAGAACCUAUUUGAGGUCUUUGUUGUGUUACAGGAAAGAUUGCCAAAUCCACAAAAGGAAUCUUACAUAUUACAACUGGAAAAUCUGUCUCAUUUCUGCCAGUAUCAUGUUAUCACUAUGCCAUUUACUUUUAAAUGCAUUGUUUUUUAUUUGUAUUAUAGCUAGAAACUAAGAAUUUGCAGGUUGCAUUAUUAAUCCUGUCUGCACUCUUAAAUUUUGAGAUUUGAAACUUAUGUUGGCUCUGUUUUAGCCUCAGAAAUAAAAUGCUUUAUCUUCAAUACAAA